GUCUUUUUGCUCAGUAGCUUCGUUGUCACCUGCACGAUGAGCUUCAGCUCAGACCAUUAUCUUUGCUCCUCCUCCUAUAGAAAGGUGUUUGGGGAUGGCUCACGCCUUUCCUCGCGCUUGGGAGGCAGCGGUGCCGGGAGCUUCAGGUCACAGUCUCUGACCCGCUGCAAUGUUGCCUCGUCGGGUGCCUGUUCCGCCUCCUCUUCUCUGGGGCUGGGGCUGAGCUAUCGCCGGACUGGGCCCGACAGCCUGGACCUGAGCCAGGCAGCAGCCCGCAACAAUGAGUACAAGAUCAUCCGCACCAACGAGAAAGAGCAGCUGCAGGGCCUCAACGACCGCUUUGCAGUGUUCAUCGAAAAGGUGCACCAGCUGGAGACCCAGAACCGUGCACUUGAGGCUGAGCUGGCGGCGCUGCGGCAGCGCCACGCAGAGCCUUCGCGCGUUGGCGAGCUGUUCCAGCGCGAGCUACGGGAGCUCCGGACCCAGCUGGAGGAGGCUAGCUCCGCGCGGACACAGGCGCUGCUGGAGCGGGAUGGGCUGGCCGAAGAGGUGCAGCGGUUGCGGGCGCGUUGCGAGGAGGAGAGCCGCGGGAGGGAGGGCGCAGAGCGCGCCCUGAAGGCGCAGCAGCGAGAUGUGGAUGGCGCCACCUUGGCACGGCUGGACCUGGAAAAGAAGGUGGAGGCGCUGUUAGAUGAAUUGGCCUUCCUACGGCAAGUGCACGAGGAGGAAGUGUCUGAGCUGUUGGCGACGCUGCAGGCAUCGUCUCAGGCCUCGGCCGAAGUGGACAUGACCGUGGCCAAGCCAGACCUGACCUCGGCGCUGAGGGAGAUCCGUGCCCAGUAUGAAUCUCUGGCCGCCAAGAACCUGCAAUCCGCUGAGGAGUGGUACAAAUCUAAAUUCGCCAACUUGAACGAGCAAGCGGCGCGCAGCACAGAAGCCAUCCGAGCCAGCCGCGAGGAGAUCCAUGAGUACCGACGCCAGCUACAGGCACGCACCAUCGAAAUCGAAGGGCUCCGGGGCGCCAAUGAGUCCCUGGAAAGGCAGAUCCUGGAGAUGGAGGAAAGGCACAGUGCUGAGGUGGCUGGCUUUCAGGACAGCAUUGGACAACUAGAGAAUGACCUGAGGAACACAAAGAGCGAGAUGGCUCGCCACCUGCGGGAGUACCAGGAUCUGCUCAAUGUCAAAAUGGCUCUGGACAUUGAGAUUGCAGCUUACAGGAAGCUGCUAGAAGGUGAAGAGACCCGAUUCAGCACCAGUGGAAUGACCAUUUCAGGGCUGAAUCCACCUCCUAAUCCUGGUUAUUUGAUGUCAUCCAGAAUGUUUAGUUCAACUUCCUCAAAAGUGUCACCCCCUGUGUUGUCUAAGAAAGAGGAAAAGGAGGAGGAAGCUUCUAAAGUGGCCUCCAAGAAAGCUUCUCAGAUAGAGGAGAGCUUUGCAGAAAUAAUGGAGGAAACCAUAAUAUCUACUAAGAAAACCGAAAAAUCAAACCUAGAAGAAGUCACCAUUUCAAACCAAAAAAUAUAGUCAGUGAUUAAAAAAAAACCCCAACAACCCCUAAACAAACAAGAAACUAAUACUUAAGAGGGAAUAAUAUGCAUUUGACCUUUUAAAUAGCUUUCCCCCGCCCCAGCUCUGAACCAAACACCUGUUACAUAGUAUACAAUAUCGCUAGACUUUAGUCUCAUUUUCAAUACUGAAUUUUCUCUCAAGCAAGAAAAUCUCACUUAGAAGCAGCAGCCUGACCUGCUAGGAGCCAACCAUUGGUCCUGGAGCAAUCACAGAAAAGUUACCCAAAAUUAUGCCCUUCUCAUUCAGGCAGACAGAUGAUUCUGGGCCAGAGAAGGUGCCUACUGAGGUGCUAAAUCUUCUGUGAUCAUUGUCAUUUGCUACAAGCUAAAAUUAAGUCCUAUGUACACUCACCAGCCUCAGCCCACACCCAGUUCACUCAUGCUCCUUAGAUACAUAACAAAUCACUGCCAAAGAUGAAUCAACCUGCCCACAUCCUAGGUGACUGCUGCUUAAUGCUGUUUGAUACAGUGUGAACGUUGGCUCUUCAGGUGCUGCUCUAGCUCAUCUUCAUUCAGAAAAAACAAAAGGCCAGUUGAUAUUCUUCCCUUUUAAACAAUUUCAGGAUUUUUGAAAAAGACAAGUUUGCCCCUGCAGCCCGCUGUGCCCAGUGGGUGACUAGAUGCAUUGUGGUCAUAUCUGUGAUUUAUGUGAUGACUUCUCAUGACCAUUUCACAUCAUCUAACAUGUAGUUAAAAAGGAACUUGGCAAUGAAUGAUGCAUUUGGAUAGUUCUCUUCCCCUCACAUAGAAAAUGCUAAUGUUUCCUAAGUUGGUUAGUUUGUGACUCAAAUCCACUUAGUCAAAAAUUCACUCUGUUAGGAGUGUAGCCUUUCGCCUCAACUUUAGAAGCACAUUAGUAAUAAUUCUAAGCUGUGUGCAGCCUCAUAAGAUUUAGGAUAAAUUAGAAGAGAUGUAUUGCUAACAAUGAAGCGGCCAAGGACUCCAUUCAUCUGUGAUUUAUUCAUUUGUGGUGAUGUAGCAUUAGUUUGCCCAUGGUCUCAUGAGAAGACAUAUUGUCCCUUAGAUAAAGUCACAUUUGUAUCUUUCCUUCCUUCCAACCAAGGUUCUAGUGAAGCCUUGUCUAUGUUCCCUUAUAACCCAAGAGUCUUACUGCAUAUGUUAUGUAACUGGGCCUCACUAUGACAUAAAAUACAGCUGAAGGAAACAAUACAAAUAAACUCCUUUUCAGUUAAUCAAAACCACCAGCAGAUAGAAAAGAGGAAAAACAUUUGAAUUUUCCAUUUCUUAAAUCGUGCUCCACCAACAAAUUGUCUUGACCUUGAAUGCAGAAUUGUAGGUGCCCCAUUUUCCUGUCUUGGAAGUGGGUCCUAUGUGGCCAACCCAGUAAGUCUCCCUAGUGGAGCAGCUUCUGCAUCUCACCGCCUUAUUUGUGCCGACUGACACCCGCCAAGUAUGAUGUAGGAAAAUAAAGCCCUAACUGCUUAGGAUCACUUUCAUCACAGCUGAAGAGUUUUGCUUAUCUCUUUUUACACAUUUUCACUCCAGGGCUCUGUGGUAGUUAUAGUUUCACUAAAGUUUCCUGUCCUAUAGAAUUUAAGGGUUUAGAAUAGUCAUUUUCUUCUCUCUCAGCUUCUCUUCCUUCUCCCUCCUGCUGUAAGACACAAGUUAGUAAAAUAAUAAUUAAAAAAAAACCCACACCUGAACUUCACUCUCAUAGUCUGUGUUAUUUGUGGUGUGUUAUUUUUCUGAGGGGAGGGUUAUUUUGGUCUGGCAAGACCACACCAUUUUGAUUGUCUUCUUGCAAUGCAAGCACAGUUCAAACCACAGAGUACUCAGGAACUGGACUUUGGUCUGUAUGGACACAUUUUACUUCUCUCUACAAAAGCCCUGACAAACUGUUAACAGCUUCAUUAAUAUUAAUACAUGCAUUAGAAAUAAUUGAACUCAUUCAUCUUUCCUCCAAAAAAACCUCACCCAUCCUCUAUAUUUCCUUAUUCCUGUUCAGGGCACUACCAACCUUUCAGUCACCCAUGUUCACAGCCUCGAAGUUUUCUCUACCCUUCCCUCUCCCUCACCCUCCAUAUCCUACUAGUUGCUGAGUCUUGUCCAUUCUACCUUCACAACAUUUCUUGUACCGCCCUACCUUAAGCCUGAUCACCUCUACCCUGGACUACUAUCAUAACAGCCUCCUAACUGGACUUCUAGCUUCCAGUCUCUCUGCUCACCAAUCCAUUCUCCAUAGAUAUGCCAAAAUAAUCUUCCUAAAGUACAAAUUGGACCAUGUCACUCCCUGCUCAAGAACCGUCAAUGGCUCCCUCUUGCCUCACCUUAGUAUGUAAAGUCCAAACUCCCUUUCUGGUCUUAUUGUAUAUUACUCUUUUUCAUAUACUCUACAUUCCAUUCAGAUUGGCCUAUUUGCUGCUCCCUGAACUCCCUACCUAUCUCAUCUUUGUGCUCAGCAUAGGCUAUCCACAAGCCUGGAAUGUACUCCCUCCUCACCUCUGCUUCUUAAAUUCUUAGCUUCCUUCAGGACUCAGCUCAGGUCCCAUAUCCUAUGGGGAGACUUUUCUGAUCUCCUUAGUUGCUAGUACCCUCUCUUUCCUUCUCAAAUUAUUAUCUAUAUACUUAUAUGUUUGCAUGCUGUGUUUCCCUCCCUCAGUAGAAUGUAAGCUCCUUGAGGGCAGUGACUAUUUUUUAUUUUGUCUUUGUAUCUCCAGAACCUUUGCAUGUAGUAGGCACUUAAUAAAUGAUGUUUAGACUGUA